AUGCAGUCAGCCAACCACAACGACAAUUUGGAGAAGCGCUCUGAGGGGUACAAAACCCCCCACCACAAAAGACGCCCCGGUUUGGCUGAACAUCUUGGAACCACCCCCGCCAAUCAACGGUUGACUGAGCCUGCUCCAGACGCUAAAAACGACCUGAUUAGCAGUGCCGCAUGUACCUCGACUUGUUGGCGGGUUGCAUUACAACUGGCGCAACCAAGGUCUUUGUGCAACCAAAUGAUCUCCUGCACUCAACUGGUUUCUUUUCUUCUUUCUUCAGGCCUUUUCGUGGUCUCCCCCGCCUUAUUCCCUUUGGCGGAGUUCCAUCGAAAGCAGUCGUAA